AUGUUCUCUCUCCGCUUCUCGAAAAUGGGUUCCGCUGUAGGCUCCAGCAGCCGCUUAGCUCCGGUCUCCGCACGUCCGGCGUCUCCCACCUUCUUUGGAAGGUGCCAAAACCAUUUAUCCCAUCUUCCACUACCGCCAAGAAAGGUGAGAAACCAGGUGAGAAAGUCCGAUCUCAUCUCCGGCGGCCGUACAGCUCCGGCAGUGAAGUCCGAUCCCCAUAUCCGGCAGUCCAUUGAUAGCGAAGUGAGCUUCACUGAUGAUAAUGAUGAUGUUGGAAAUGAAUCUUUUGGGAGUCAAAAUGUGCAGUGGGCACAUGGAAAAGAUGGUGAAGAUAGAGUACAUAUUGUGAUUUUUGAGGAACCCGGAUGUGUUUUCGAACUUGGCGGUAUUCAACGAAAGAUUGAAAGGCACAAUCGAAUUACUCAAAAGGAUAUUAGCAACAAGAUUUUGCUAAAUGCGAUCAAAGCCUUUUCUCCCCUGAAAAUUAGACUUGGUGGAACUUUGCAAGAUAAAGUCAUAUACCAAUUUAGAAAUGAUCACGGAGCAUGUACCCAAUUUAUUAAGGAUAGCACAGAGAUGUUUGGAUUUACUCGAGGUUGCUUGCCCAUGUCCCGAUGGGACGAUUUAAAUGAAUUUUUCAAGAUUGCAGGGGCAAAGGUUAUCUUCGGUUUGAAUGCAUUAAAUGGGCGUACAAUUGGUUCGGAUGGGUCUACAACAGGAGCUUGGAACUCCAGCAAUGCAGAAUCUCUCAUAAGAUAUACAGUCAAUAAAGGCUACAAUAUUUACGGCUGGGAGCUUGGAAAUGAACUGAGUGGCAAUGGAAUUGGAGCAAGUAUUGCAGCAGAUCAAUAUGCAUCUGAUGUGAUCAUUCUUCAGAAAAUAGUGCAAGAUGUUUACAGGGGCUUCGAGACGAAGCCACUAGUCCUUGGACCAGGAGGAUUCUUUGACGCAAACUGGUUCACAACAUUUAUAAAGGGAGCUUCCAACUCACUUCAAGUGGUUACACACCACAUUUACAACCUCGGUCCAGGCGUGGAUGAGCACCUGGUUGACAAGAUACUUGAUCCGUCCUACCUCGAGGGUGGGUCGCAGCCCUUCAAAGAUCUUCAAAGUAGUCUCCGAAGUUCUGGAACUUCGACCACAGCGUGGGUUGGUGAAGCUGGAGGGGCUUAUAACAGUGGUCAUAAUCUGGUCACGAAUGCAUUCGUCUUUAGCUUCUGGUACCUGGAUCAGCUUGGCAUGACAGCUACUUAUGAUAGUAAAACAUACUGCAGACAGUCACUGAUUGGUGGAAACUAUGGUCUACUCAACACUACCACCUAUCUUCCAAAUCCUGAUUACUACAGCGCUCUUCUUUGGCAUCGUUUGAUGGGAAGACAAGUUUUAUCAACGCACUUUGUAGGGACAAAUAAGAUUCGUGCAUAUGCUCACUGUUCAAAGAAUUCACGGGGAAUCACAUUGCUGUUUAUCAACCUGGAUAAUAGUACAGCAGUUGAAGUUGGCCUUUCAAUCAAGAAUGCCAUCUUAGUCGAGAAAUCAACAUCCCAAAAGACGGUGUUUGGAAGGGUACCUGGAGAAAAGAAGGCCACAUAUCAAGUUAUGAGAGAAGAAUAUCAUCUUACACCUGAAGAUGGUGAUUUACAUAGCCAAAUAAUGCUUCUAAAUGGCAAAGCAUUAACAGUAAAUUCUUCAGGGAUAAUUCCUUCAUUAGAACCUAGGAGAGUAAAUCUCUCAGAACCAUUAACUGUAUCUCCUUUCUCAAUUGUAUUUGCUCAAAUACCAUCUAUUCAUGUUCCUGCGUGUAUCUGA